AGCACUUCCGGGCCUCCCGCACCCUUUCAGCUUCCGCGAGGGCUGCUGUUGCAAGUGUUUUCUGGUUCCUUCCUCCUGGCAUAGGGGUUCUUUGUUUACUUUUAUGAUUAUUGAGGACUUCAGCUUCUCCCGCGAUAAUUACACGAAGGCGCAUAUAUAUAUUUAUAUAUCCCUCUCCCAACCUCCAUGACCCAGGGCUAGUCCUGGGUUUCCGUCCUUGUGCGCAGUCUCUCUGCCUGGAGCUGCCCAGGAAAGGACUUUACUAGAAUAUCAUUUGGAGAAAGUGUCAUGGAUGUUCUGCGCCCACAGCUUAUAACAAUCGAUGGUCGGAAUUAUAGGAAGAAUCCCAUCCAGGAAAAUUAUCCACAUGAAGAUGAUGAGGGUUUCUAUCAAGACUCCAUGGAAUAUUCUGAUGAGCCCUGUGAUGCCUAUGAGGUGGAGCAGACCCCUCAAGGAUUCCGGACCACUGUCAAUGCCCCUAGCCUGCUCUACAAGCACAUAGUUGGAAAGAGAGGGGAUACCAAGAAGAAAAUAGAAAUGGAGACUAAAACAUCUAUUAGCAUUCCUAAACCUGGACAAGAAGGAGAAAUUGUGAUCACUGGUCAGCAUCGAAAUGGCGUAAUUUCAGCCCGAACACGGAUUGAUGUUCUUAUGGACACCUUUAGAAGGAAGCAGCCCUUCACUCACUUCCUGUCCUUUUUCCUCAAUGAAGUUGAAGUUCAGGAGAGAUUUCUGAAGUUCCAGGAGGAAGUUCUGGAGAAGUGCUCCAUGGACCGUGGGGUUGACAGCUCCAUUUUUCAGAAUCCCAAAAAGCUUCACCUAACUAUUGGGAUGUUGGUGCUUUUAAGUGAACAAGAGAUCCAGCAGACGUGUGAGAUUCUGCAGCGUUGUAAAGAGGAAUUCAUUAAUGACAUUUCUGGUGGCAAACCUCUGGAAGCAGAGAUGGCAGGGAUCGAGUACAUGAAUGACGAUCCUGGUAUGGUGGAUGUUCUUUAUGCCAAAGUCCAUAUGAAAGAUGGCUCCAACAGGCUGCAGGAACUAGUUGACCGAGUGCUGGAGCGCUUUCAGGCAUUGGGACUAAUAGUGAAAGACUGGAACAGUGUGAAACUGCACGCCACGGUCAUGAACACACUCUUCAGGAAAGACCCCAAUGCUGAAGGCAGGUACAAUCUCUACACAGCAGACGGCAAAUAUAUCUUCAAGGAAAGAGAAUCAUUUGAUGGCCGGAACAUUUUAAAGCUCAAACUUUUCUGAAAGUUCUUGGCUGAUCACUGAAUCCAUCGCAGUACCCGAUAAGCAGCUGCCAGCUGCACUGGGUCAAGUCACUGUCUCCAGGUUCAUGCUGCAUACGGUGUCAUCUUUGCUUCCUGAUAUGCCUCUGACUGUGGAAAAAGACAAGUAGCCUUAAACGCCACUGUGUAACCACGGAUGAAUUUGACCUUCUGAUCCCCUGGCUUCCACCUUCCAAGUGCUAGGAUUACAGGUGUGCACCACUCCCCGGGUUAAAAUGCUGGGAUGGAAGACACAGCUUUGUGCCAGUUAGACCAGCACUGUACAAGGCGAGCUAUAUCUCCAGCCCCUAGGAGUUGACAUUCUUAUUUAGUAAAGUCACAGAGCAGAUGCCACUUCUCUCAUCUUUUUUCUAUUCUUUUUUGUUUUUCUUUUCGGUAAAUUGUCUUUAUUGAUUUCAUACAUAAUGACUAAAUUCUGCUAGAUAAAGCAAAUGCCCUUGGAAAAUACAGUGUACAUGUUGAUAAAUUUUGAAGGUUUUUCCUGCAGUUAUGCUAAUUAUCUGUGUUUCUCCUUGGCUGUUGGUUGUUUUAUUUUUGUUGAUGUUAAGACCCGAUAGUGCAUCUAUCAUGGCUUGUAAGUUUCCAACCUUUAUUGAGUAAUUUCAGAGUUUCCCAUCUGUCAUACAUACAGAUGACACAGCAGGGUCUUCCUGCUUACAUACGAAAUGCAGCUCACUUUACAUGCUGCUGUUUUGGAAUAGCUCUGUCCGUGCUAUCAGAAGGAGCCAAAGUAUUCUUGACAGUCACAUGACCUAGGCAUGGGAGAAACAAUUCUCCGGAGGAUUUUUCUUGUGUAUAAAGAUAAGAUUUUAUGAAAGGGAGAAAGAGACAAAUGUAUACACUGGUUCAUACAUGUGUUCUAUCAGGGCUGGAAGAGAAAUCAAGGAAAUCUGAGCAAAAGGGAAAGAAAAUGGGUGAAAGCUGACAGCAAAGAUCCUUAGACAGUGCAGAAAUUAUUUCAGCUGGGCUUGCUGUCUCAGCACAUGAGAGGCUGAGGCAGGAAGAUUGCAUCAGUUUGAGGUCAACUUGGGCUAUAUCAUGAGUUCAGGACUAGCCUGAGCUAUAUAGUGAGGCUCCACCUCAAAAUACAAAAAAUGUAAUUCAUUAUUUGGUUCUAAAAGAAGACAUGGGGACCCUGUGGUCUUGAGCUCAUGUCAGGAGGUUUUGAACAGUAGUAUUCCCAGGUCUACAGCAACGGCAAAUGAAAUUCCUCUCUGGAAGAAUAGACUGUCCCUUCUCUUGGGUAGCAGUUCUUCAAAGAACUUUCUUCCCCAGUGUGGCCAGUAAGCAAUCAGUGAAGACUAGGCAUUUAGGAAACCACUCAUAACAAACAGAUCUCUAACAACUCACGAAGAUACAACGCAGCAGAGUGGCCGACUUGGAUUGUGCUCAAAGAAACAAAAGCAAAAGCCAAGCUUAGAAUUUAUCAGGGAAUUGGGAACCUUUAAAAAAAAGUAUUCCAGGCAUAGCCAUAUAUACUUUAAUACCAGAAGUAGUUGGAUCUCUGUGAGUUCAGAACCAGCCUAGUUUACAUAGUGAGCUCCAGGCCACCCAAGGCUAUAUAGUGGGACCCUGUCUCAAAAAAAAACCCGGUAAUAAUAAUAAUAAUAAUAAUAGGAAUUGUCAGAAGAAAUUAACCAGGUCCAGGUGUGGUAGAACAUGUCUGUAAUCCCAGCACUUUGGAGGCAAGGCAAGAAGAUUGAAAGGUCUUGGCUAGUCUGAGCUACACAGCAAGACUAUGUAUCAACAAAACAAACAAACAAAUUGCCCAAUAAAGUGUUUCAUAUUAGAGCAAGCUAUCAAGAAGCUAGCACUACCUUUCAUUCAAAUGUUUAAUUUUCUUUUAAGAAGUGGAAUCAAGGCCAGCAGAUGGCUCCUUAGCUAAAGAUGUGUGUGGUGUAGGCCUGGUGACCUCAGUUUAAUCCCCAGAACCCAAGGGAAUGUAGGAGGAGACAGCACUUCACAGCUGUCCUCUGACCACCACUUUGCACAUGUGUCAUGGCUCAAGUACACACGCACACACACACAUACAUGGAGGGAAGGAGAGAGGGGAGAAGAGAGAGAGAGAGAGAGAGAGAGAGAGAGAGAGAGUCAGCUUCAGCUUGAGGUGGCAACACGUGUGUGUAAUCUCAGCAUUCCAGAGGCUGGGGCAGGGUGAUCCAGAGUUUUAAGACUAGGAUUAUGUAGCAUGACUCUAUCUCAAUAACCAAAAUUGGACAAGUCUGCAAGUGAGGACAUCUUUUGAAUAGUCCUUCAGGCCAUAAACUUGGGAGAGCAGUCAGUAGUGAGUCUGAGGAGCCAUUGUGACCCACCACCUGUUGGGUCCUCAGACCAAGAAUUGACUCUUUUUUAGUGGUCAGGGAGUAGAACACAUUAGAAGAGUUAAAGGACACGAGAAAAUCCUGUGGCACUCAAAGUGUGAGGCAAGGGUGUGGCCCAGUGGUAGGUAGAGCCCUCACUGGGUGUGCAGGAGGCCUUGAGCCCAAGUCUCCAGCACUGCAGAGGCAGAGCUCCUUUCUGUGGGCCUCAUCCAGUUGUCCUGGAGCACAGCUUGGUUGCAUGCAUCAGAGGCACUGUUGUGACCAAGAGUGUGAGGCCAUUUGGCCGUUGACAGAAGUUUGAUGAUUCCUGACUUAGAAUGUAGAGUUUAGUUUAAUCAUCUCUUUUUGUAUACGUGUGUACAUGCGUGUGUGUGUGUGUGUGUGUGUGUGUGUGUGUGUGUGUGUGUGUGCUUGUGUGGAGGCAGAGGUCAACAUCAGGUCUCUCUCUCGUUCAUUCUCCAUACUGUUAAAACUUUUGUAUAAUCAGCUUUUGUCUUUUAAAAAAAUGUAUUAGUGUGUGCACAUGUAUGAGUGUGUGCUGGGGAUCUGAACACAGAUGCUGCUUAUGAACUUGUCUUCCUAGCCCCCAGCUUGAUUAUAUUUCAUCUUAUCCAGUGUAACUCUGCUUUAUUUGAUGUAUCACACUUAUAACAAAACAGAAUCUUACCUUGCAGUUUGCUGGCCAUGAACUUGUGAUUCUCCUUCCUCCGCCUCAUUAGUAUCGUUGAUGUGCAUAUUUAACAGAGCCUCGAGAUAUAGUAACGAAUUAAUAAAUAUUUAGUAAACAACGUUCAGUGAA